AUGAAAAUUUUAAUUACUUUCAUUUGUUUUGCCAUUUUGGCUAUCUUCACCUAUAUUCCUCCAGCCGAUUCUCGUAAUGUCAUUCUUAAGGCUCCUGAUCCAUAUCUACCUACUACAGUUGAUAUUUUUUCCAGUCCUGUAGCCACCUCAAUUCCUGUAUAUCCCACUGAAACAAAGAAAUGUGAAAAGGAAGGGCAUGAAAAGAAAGGACAUGAAAAGAAAGGACAUGAAAAGAAAGGACAUGAAAAGAAAGGACAUGAAGAGAAAGGACAUGAAAAGAAAGGACAUGAAGAGAAAGGACAUGAAAAGAAACUCCGUUCAUCUAAAAAACUCCUUAAACAUUAUAAACCCUAA